AUGAAAUUACCUCUCCUUUCCUUCCUGGCCCUGGCAUCCUGCUGUCACGCCCUACCAAAGAUUCCGGGCCACAGUUUAGAUACUAAACGGGCGACAUGCGAAAACACUCCUACUUCUCGACACUGCUGGGGGAAAUAUGAUAUCGACACGAACUAUUACACUACGAUACCAGACACAGGGAAAACGGUUGAAGUUUGGCUGUCGGUUGAAGAAGGUAUAUGUAACCAAGAUGGAUAUCGACGGCCAUGCAUGACUUUCAAUGGCACCAUGCCGGGUCCUGCCAUUGUUGCCGACUGGGGAGAUGAUCUCGUUGUCCAUGUUACCAAUAAUCUGAAGAGCAAUGGCACUGCCAUCCAUUGGCAUGGUGUUCGACAACUCAAUAGUGUCGAACAGGACGGAGUCCCUGGCGUUACUCAAUGCCCAAUUCGCCCGGGAGAAAGCUACACGUACAAGUUCAAGGUCACCCAAUACGGAUCGAGUUGGUACCACAGCCACUUUUCUCUUCAAUACACGGAAGGACUAUUCGGUCCUCUUAUAUUCAAGGGUCCUGCAACCGCGAAUUAUGACGAAGACAAGGGUGUUCUGUUCCUCCAGGAUUGGUCACAUACAUCUACUUUCACCGACUGGAGUGCGAAGGAGAAGUAUGGCAUUACCAAAUCAUUGAAUAGCCUUCUAAUCAAUGGCACCAACGCAUUCAACUGUACUGGCUCGAUGGACCCCAACUGCAUUGGAGGGGGUAAGAAGUUCGAAACAGUGUUUGAGCCUGGCAAGAAGUACCUCAUCCGUCUGGCCAAUGUGGCAAUGGAUAGCCUGUUCCAGUUCAACAUUGAUGGCCACAAGUUCAAGGUUAUUGCCGUUGACUUUGUCCCAAUCAUACCAUAUGAGACUGACAAUGUUCUGGUCAACGUCGGUGAGAGAUACGAUAUCGUGGUCGAGGCAAAUGCUACCCCGGGCGACUACUGGAUGCGUGGCGGCUGGCUGAGGGCCUGUCAAGGUGUCGCAAACGAUAACCCAGGCUCCAUCACGGGCAUUGUACGGUAUAAUUCCAAAAGCACCAAAGAGCCAACUACCACCAGCACAGUUCAGCCACCAAAGUUCUGCGCAGACGAGCCAGCUACAAAACUAGUACCUCGCGUGAAGUUUGAUGUCGGCACGAUCUCUGGCACGACUGUCGAGGGAAUAAACGUCCGCCUCACACAUGCCGCCCUCUUUCAGUGGACUAUUAAUGGCAGUAGCUUGGCUCUGGACUGGAAUAAGCCGACUCUGCAAUAUGUCUUCAAGAACGCAUCAGACAUCCCUACCCCUUACAACGUGGUCUCUGUUGAUAGAAAGAAUCCCACCGGUGAUGAGUGGGCGGUUCUAGUAAUUCAAAAUACUGCGGCAGCACUCUUUGCAAAUAUUGCCCAUCCUAUCCAUCUCCAUGGACACGACUUCUGGAUUCUUGCUCAGGAAACGGGCAAACUAUGGGACGGAAACAUGGACUCCUUCAAACUAAAGGGCGUACCGCGAAGAGACACUGCUUUGCUUCCUGCCAGGGGAUAUCUUGCAAUCGCGUUCCGACUUGAUAACCCAGGAGCAUGGCUUAUACAUUGCCAUAUUGCAUGGCACAGCAGCCAGGGGCUGGCACUGGAAUUUGUUGAGAGUCCACACUCUAUAUCAAUCAAUAGUGGAGCUCGAAAAGUUUUUGACGAUACUUGUGCUUCGUGGGAGAAGUGGUCUCCAAGCUCUCCCUGGCCACAAGAUGAUUCUGGUAUAUAG